AUGAGUAGUAUGCUACCUGGUGCUUGUCUUAGAAAAUUUAAUGAACUUGAACUUUACUUCUGUUACGGAUGCCAUUAUGAUGAGCCUACUUCUACUUUCUAUAAUUCAACCGUGAAAAGAAUCACCCUUUGUUAAGACUACGCUAUCAGGCUCUGGGGUGGUGAUUUGACUGAAGGUUCAGAUAAUUCAGAAAUUAUCAUUCCCUCUUUGUACUGGUCUAAUGCCUAUGAGUUCUUUGCUGAUGUUAAACCCCCCUUCUUCAAAACCUAUGAGGUUAUAAUCACAAACAACCCAAAUGCAGAUUGUUUCGAUACCGCUUAAUAUAUGUUUAAUGUGACUGGAUUUUUAGUCUUACUACUAGCACUCCUUCUCUCUAUAUAGUGA